AUGUCGGCCCCCCCUCAGGUGUCCUCGCAGGCGACCCUGGCGCAACUGCAUCCAUUUGAUCCCCUCACGCCCUCCGAGAUCCAACUGGCUGUGAAAGUUCUGGAGGCCGCGUUUCCUGGCGAACCACUGCGAUACAAGCGCAUUGACGUACAGGAGCCUUUGAAGAAGGAUGUGAUUCCCUACAUCGAAGCCGAGAGACAGGGCCAACAGCUGCCUCCAAGGCCGGCGCGUGUGCUACAAGCCCUUUUUCACCGAUUGAACUCGGGGGCUUUUUGCAAAGCCUUGCUGAAUGCUGACACUCAGUCUAUUAUUUACGCAAAAGAAUUGCCCAAACAUAUUCAGGGACCGGUCGACGUUGAUGAGAUGAUAGCAAUCGAGAAGCUCUGCCUAGAAAACCCAGAGGUACAAAAAGAGGUCGAGAAACUGAAUCUCCCAGCUGGUGUCACCGUAUGCAACGACCCCUGGAUCUACGGUACCGACGACCCGAAUGAAAACCGGCGGUUGUUCCAAUGUUAUGUGUACGUCGUCGCCGUCGAUCACCCUCAGAACAACCAUUACUCCACACCAUGCAAAUUCUCGCCUGUCUUUGACGGAAUCACCCAUGAAUUCAUCCGUAUGGAUUAUCUUCCUGCCGGCGUUGACCACACGGUCAUGGCUAGUACGGCGCCUUGGAAGCCAGUCAAAACCAUCCAGUAUGCUCACGAGCUCUUGGAUACUCCACUAAGAACGGACCUAAAGCCUUAUAUUGUGCAGCAACCUGAAGGCCCUUCCUUCAGUGUGGACGGAAACCUCGUGAGUUGGCAAAAGUGGCGGUUCAGGGUUGGCUUCAACACUCGCGAUGGCCUUGUGAUUCAUAAUGUCACAUAUGAAGGAAGAAACUUGUUUUAUAGACUGUCACUUUGUGAAAUGACGGUUCCAUACGGAGACCCUCGCAAACCGUUCCAUCGCAAGCAAGCCUUUGACGUUGGUGAUGUUGGAUUCGGCGUGACUGCCAACCAGCUAGCUCUUGGGUGCGACUGUCUCGGCCACAUCAAGUAUUUUGAUGGAUGGCGUACAGACUCCAAGGGCGAGCCCGUCCAUUUAGAGAAUGUGAUCUGCCUUCACGAGCAGGACAACGGUCUGCAACACAAACACACUAACUACCGUACAGGCGCUGCCACCGCUGUGCGCAACCGCCAGUUGGUGGUGCAAAUGAUUUGCACAGUGUCAAACUACGAAUACAUUUUUGCCUACGUCUUCGACCAGGCCGCCGGCAUUGAGCUCGAGGUCCGAGCCACGGGCAUUCUAUCGACUGCUCCUCUCGACAACGAGAAUGGACAGACAGUUCCAUGGGGAACCAAUGUUGGACCCGGCGUCGUGGCAGCAUUCCACCAGCACAUGUUUUCCUACCGUAUUGACCCUGCCAUCGACGGCUUCGAGAACACAAUAUAUUACGAAGACAGCGUGCCGAUGCCCCAAGACGACCAAACCAACCCCUUUGGAUGCGGCUAUGUCACAGAAGAAACCAUCCUGAAGAAAUCCGGGACUGCGAACACUUCUGUAGACCGCCACCGCGUCUUCAAGAUCCGCAACGACAGCGUGAUCAAUCCGAUUACUUACAAACCGGUUGCAUACAAACUGCAAACAUCGCCCGCCCAGAUGCUCCUCAUGGGCCCCAACUCGUUCAAUUUCCGUCGCGCCGAGUUUGCGUCAAAGCCGAUCUGGGUGACAAACUACCAAGACGACGAGUUGUACGCUGCCGGCGAAUUCACAAAUCAAAGUCGGAGCUCGGAUGGCGUUGAAAAGUGGGUUGCGAGAAACGACCCUGUUGAGAACAAGGAUGUUGUCCUUUGGCAUACCUUCGGCCUCACGCACAACCCUCGUGUCGAGGAUUUCCCCGUAAUGCCCAUUGAAAAAGUGAGCGUGAUGCUCAAGCCCGACGGCUUUUUCACUAGGAACCCAGCGUUGGAUGUGCCUGCUUCUGCGCAAUCGUUCAACCAGUCUACUUUACACCAAGGGGCUGCUGACUGCUGCAGUCAUGCGUCGGGGAGCGGGACGGAUCGAGCAAAGUUGUAUAAACGGGUAGAGUGA